CUAUGAUUCACCUCUUCUUAUCCUGGCCCUCAGAUGCGUAGACUGUCUUUGAGCGUGACCAAAGGCCUCUGCAGUGUUUUUCGCGACCCCUCAACUCUACGAGCGACACAUCCUUCUUUACGUCCAGCCACGCACCGCGGUCCAUACUGGCGCGCACUGAGUCAGUUUUAUGGAAUCCUCUCGCUCUGAAUCCCAGAGAAUGCGGCAUUCCCAGCUUUCGCGUGCUACACUGAGCAAGACAAGCCAUGCGUGGAUCAUUCGUGGACGGCUGUGUCGCCGCAUGGGUCCGCCAGCUAGACCACGUCCUUUCUUACCGACACUGGAUCCGGAAAGGCAAUCCCACACCGAGACACUCUUCUCGUUCGCACCAUGACGCUUGCCAAGGACUGCGCAAGCAUCGCACGCGAUGCCCUCUGGAGCAUGGAUUCCAUGCCUGGCAUAUACUUCGCACGCGGUGCAUCCAGGGCGUCGUCAAUCAUUCUAUCGUGCUCUCGUCCUCGUGCUUCCCGUGACAGACGGUGGCGAUACUUCCGUGUGGGCGGCAACGAGAAGCUCGAGGGUUCAGUCACUCAGAGAUGAACUGGUCGCGUCAAAAGGUACAGUCGAAUAGAUUCUAUCAAGACAGAGACAUUGGAUAAGGAAUGUUACAGUACGCCGCUCAGGCCGGACCGGCAAACUGGACGGAAGGGCAGUCCUGGCCGCCAUUGGAGCAGUGCGGGAUCAAAGUCUCAACAGGGCCCGCUAGUGAACAAUGAAUCAGCCAGGAUGCCAGCGAGACCGGAAGCGCGACGUACCGUCGGUGGUCAGCGACGGGAAGGGGGCGGCGCAUUGGGCCAGCUGGAGGUCCUUGGCGCUCUUCGUCGCGGGGAAGCUACGAGAGGAUGUCAGCCGACCUGUCUCUGGACGUCAGCUGAGACGCGAAUCACCUUGCAGGCUUUCCGACGGCGGGUUUCGGGACGGGUACGACGCUGGAGCAGUCGAUCAGCUGCUCACGGCGGGAUCCGAGGACAGCCAGUUUGCCCAUCGCGAGCUUGAAGCUUUCCGACAUGAACUCCUGCUCAUCUGGCGGUCGAAGGCAGUCAGCUCUGUUCUGGACACUCGGCUGAUAUGGGGGUGCUCACUGACGAAGCCCUGCCAGAAGCAGGCGGUGCGAGGGUCGCGGGCGAGAGCGAAGUCGGACUGGAGACGCAGCUCGCCGGUGUCGUUUCCGCUGUGGAUCGGGAGGGGAGACGCGACCUCGCCGCUGUUGUUGCCCAGGCCGGGGAAGCCGGUGCCCUUGAGCAGGACUUCGAGGAAGAUCUGUGUGUCGAAAGUGAAGGGUGUCGAGUCGAAGGGGGCCGCAUCCAAGGUCGGAUCGACGUGGUCCGCGCGUGCUACGGUGUGGCUGGCGAGGAGCGAGAUGACUUCGAAGGGGCUGAAGUUGCCCGCGUCGGCGAAGCGGGCCAAGAUCUUGUCCACCGAGUCGGAGGGUUCCUGCGGCCGAGCUGAUGAGUGUCUCUGGUGGACUGCACACGGAAGGGAAAUGUACCGGAAUGAGCCCAUCUACGGCAGGAGCCACGGCAUCCUUCCGUCCGGCCAGGAACUCGAGCCGGGGCGCACCCUGCGAUCAAAUGAGCGAUUGUCGAGAUCAUGCUUUUUACAUACCGGGCAGUUCGAGACAGCCACUGCACCAGCGAACUGGAUGAGAUCUCCCGCGGAGACAUUGUGGCGGGCAAGGAUCGGGAGCAGAUUGUUCACGCUGUCGUCGAUACCGUUGUUUGCCUCAAAGUUGGGUUCGAUCUGUCCAAAGAUAGAUAACGAGCAUGCUGCCGUCGGCUCCGCCUCCGCUGUUGGCGGUCAGCAUACAAAUCCGAGGCAGACAAGAAUGUUUGAACAGACGCGGAUGAGUAAGAACAAGUCGAUGCGUACGGAAGGUGAGACGGAGAGCCUCGUGCGCAUCUUCACCGCAGAGGUUCUGGAAAAUGUUCGCUUGGAGAUCCUGUGCGACCUGGAAUUGCAGCGAAUCAGUUUCAGUUGGCGAUCCGGAUGAGUUGAGACAAGCAAAAUGGUGGUUGUACUUACAGGGAUGAAAGCGCAGCAGGUGCUGUGCGACACGCGAGUGCCAUCGGGACAAAGCACCGUGUCUGUGCUAGUGGGAGCAGCCGAGACGGUGACCGCGAGCGCCGCCAGCACGAUG